GCUUGUUGCGAAGCGAAAUUUUUCACCCGAGGCGGAGGUGUUGGGUAAAAGCCCAAAAAUCCCAUCUGAGAGUGCAAAAGAGUGGACAGAGAGUCGCCCAGGCGAUUCGCCAGACACAAAUGGAGACGACAAAUCGUACAAAUCAACUCCACAACACGAAUAGCACGGAUCUGUUCACCUUAGAGUUAAGCAGUAGCAGUGAUGAUGAACGCGAUGAGGUUGAGGAGUUUGGAAAAUCUGCUUCCAAAGUCGACAGUGGAAACCCGUCAAAUGGCCCGAAAAAGUGUGAAGAGUGCGGCAUGUCCUUCGAUCUCUAUCAAACCCUUCAAUUGCACAUCCUCAAUGUACAUCGAAUAGACCGCGGCGCGGCGUUCAAUAGCAGCGAAGAGGAGGCAGCCGAGGAGAGCGACGAUCCGGUUGCAGAGGAGACGGACGAGCCCAUUAACGUGGUCAGCUGCGAUCCGGACGAGGUGCCGGACCCGAAGCCCUUCAAAUGCACCCAAUGCACAAAAUGCUUCAUGAUUGCCAAACAUCUCGAGAUGCAUAUGCAGGUGCACGAGCUGAAGCAGAAGACGGAGGCGGCUUACAGGGGCGCCGCGGCGCUGAGGGGCGGCGCGUACGAGUGCCGAUUCUGCCAUGCGAUGCACCGGAGCGCUUCGGGGCUGCGGGCGCACGAGCGGCGCCACCAGAGGGCGAGUCAGGGUGCGGAGAAGAAACUCAAGAUUCCGCCCAAGAAGAGACGGGGCCGCUCAAGUCGCCGUGAGGCGCCCAAGUCACCGGAGAUUCGCGUCCAUGAGGACGACGAGGACGAGGAUCUGGACGACAAGGAGUCGGACGAGUGGAGCAAUGAGGACUAGGGAGACUCACACAUAAACACACACGACAAAUUCACACUUACAUCCGG